AUGCAACUCGCCGCUGUGAGCACGUGGGUCGGAUGUGGUUGGACCGUUCUCGUAGAAGCGAAGAGCGACGAAGUUCGUCUUUUGACCGACUGGAACGACAGUCGUUUCAACGGUACCGAGGGACCUGUCGUGGCCAACGCGCUGCCUGAGCGCAAGCUAAUCGUCGGUGGGGAGAUUCUUCAACGCGGCGCCAAGUCCUACACUGCUGGUCUUGGAUCCACAGCCGCUGGUGGGAACUUUUGUGGCGGAUCGCUUGUCACCCCCAGCCAUGUACUAAGUGCAGCGCACUGCAUCGAAGGUGGGAUCCGCUGGGUUUCGAUUGGCUUGCACUACAUCAACGGCACUCAAGACGGCGAGCAGAUUCGAGUUGUGUCCAUCCCUGGCCACCCCAAUUACUCGACUAAUGUCCACCAAAUGUGGAACGACUUCGUGGGGCUGGGUCUUGAGAGACCGAGCCAGAUCAAGCCUGUGAAGAUCGCUGCCGCUGACGGAUCGGACAUCAACCCUGGAGAAUUCGCCGCUGCAAUCGGGUGGGGGAGAGUCGACGAAAACGCAACCACAUCGUACGAACUUCAGUCCGUAAAGCUACAGUUGCUGAGCUACGACGAAUGUUCCAAGGUGCUGGAUAUCGACGAGUGCGCUGGCGGGCCGGGCAAGAGUCCGUGCUAUGGUAACUCGGGUUGUCCUUUGGUGAGGGAGGCGCCAGGCGGGGACGAUGUUUUGAUUGGCGUCGUGAGUUGGGGCGACACUUGCGGAAGAGAUGGAACCCCAACAGCGUUUGGAAUUGUGUCGCGAGUUCGAGGGUGGAUUGAGUCGCUUACGGGGAAGCUUUAA